UCCACACAAAAUUCUGUUUGCAAAGGAAGGAGAAUGGCAAUGAAGGUGAAUGUACUUAACUUUGAAUCAAGAAAAUGCCCCGCUUUCGCUCUUCCUUCCGCCGUCGGCAGCUGCAGAUAUCCUAAAUUCUUCGUGGCUUCCACUCUUCCUUCUCGUUCAAAACCAGCCAGGGAGGCGCGUGUUCAAGUCACACACUCAAUGCCCCCUCACAAAAUCGAGAUCCUCAAAUCCAUAGAAGGCUGGGCUCAUGACAACAUCCUGGUUCACCUCAAACCUGUGGAGAAAUGUUGGCAGCCUCAGGAUUUCUUGCCUGAUCCGGCCUCCGAUGGAUUCCAUGACCAGGUGAAGGAACUGAGAGAGAGGGCUAAGGAGAUUCCCGACGAUUAUUUUGUUGUUCUAGUCGGGAAUAUGGUCACUGAGGAAGCCCUCCCGACUUACCUGACAAUGCUGAACACCAUAGAUGGGAUGAGGGAUGAGACGGGGACAGACGCAACUCCUUGGGCGAUCUGGGCGAGGGCGUGGACUGCCGAGGAGAAUAGACACGGAGACCUUCUGAAUAAGUAUCUUUACCUCUCUGGGAGAGUCGACAUGAAGCAAGUCGAGAAGACUGUCCAGUAUCUCGUCGGGUCGGGAAUGGACCCUGCGAUGGAAAACAACCCGUACCUCGGAUCCAUCUACACAUCUUUCCAAGAAAGGGCUACGUUCAUGGUCCAUGGAAACAUGGCCCGACAAGCAAUGGAGCAUGGUAGCAUCAAGUUGGCUCAGAUAUGUGGCACCAUUGCCGCGGAUGAGAAACGCCACGAAACUGCAUACACCAAGAUAGCUGGGAAGCUGUUCGAGGUCGACCCUGAUACAACCAUGCUGGCUUUCGCCAACAUGAUGAAAAAGAAAAUCUCCAUGCCCGCACACUUGAUGUACGAUGGUCGCGAUGACAACCUCUUCCACCACUUCUGGGCUGUCGACCAACGCCUAGGCAUCUACACGGCAGGAGAUUACGCAGACAUCCUAGAGCACAUGGUUGCGCGAUGGAAGGUUGAAAAUAUAACUGGGCUAUCCGCAGAGGGGCAAGAGGCUCAAGACUACGUCUGUAAUUUGUCUCCGAGAAUCAGACGUCUAGGGGAGAGAGCUCGCGAGAUGGCAAAGCAGGCGCCAAAGGUCCCGUUUAGCUGGAUAUACGACAGAGAAGUGCAACUCUGAGACGGAAGUAGUAAAUUUUUGCACCUUAUGAAUAAUCGACAUGUUGAUGUUGUGUGCCAAUUUCAAGCAUUACCUUGAAAAUCCUUGUCAUUUCGUAGACAAUCCAUGUCAUAUAUAGUUCCGUUUUUCUCAUCUUACUUCAUCAAUCAUCAGUCAACAUUUUCAUCUGCUAAGACUUGGUAUAAAACAAAGUAA